AUGGACGAGCACAUGGUAGCCUCGCAGUUAGUGCAACCAACUGCUGAUGCAGUCCCCGUUGAAGAGCAUUUGGCACAACCACCUCUUGCAGGAGAAUCCCCAUUCACUCGUCAACUGCAUGGCCUAUGGGAUCAACAAGCUGUUAUUGGCCCUGCCCACAUUGAGCGACUGCUGACAGUGUACACAUGGUACUUGGAGGGACGAUAUGUCCCCUUCCAUGAUGAAUGCCGCGAGGUUGUGCUAGGCAACGACUUCUGGUUGUGGGAAGGAGCCAUCAUUCACCGAUGGAGAGACUACAUCCUGGAUGGCGUGGAUGUCGACUUCGUUGUGGUGACCCCUGCGCCCCCCAGCGGGACUGAGAUUGCAGAGGUGCACAUUAUCGUCUACCAGAACAUUGCGGCCUUCGAGCACCCCAGCCUCAUCACCUCAUUUGACAAUGGAGUGCUACGCGGUGCCCCUUAUACAACAGCAGCUCUACUGCCUGCGGCGGUGACAAAGUUUGACAUUCUCCGCUGUAUGGGUAAGGACAGGGUCUGUCCCCCGGAACGCCCAGACUCGGCAUGUAGUUGCUGGUAUGGUGAUCGAGAAAUUCGAGAUGGUGAACGCUUCGCCAACCGCCAUGGGUACUCAUUUUGUCUCUUCAUCCAGCGAAGUUUGCCCGACAACUUUUGGGAGGACGAUAUGAGCAUCAUUGAGGGUGAGAUAGAUGCAACCGACUUCCUUCAACGCUCUGCGCGGAAGCAGUUCAAGCAGAACAUUGACUUCGAACCUUCACACGAAGCGAAUUUGUCGACGCCCUGGACUGGAUGUGGGCCCUUUUCGCCAGAGAAUUUGAAGGAAUGUGGAAUGGCAACGUGCUACAACAUCCUGGGCCAGCGACAAUGCCAACGAAACAUCUCCUUCCAGUUCAUGCACCACAACAAGGAUCUGGGGAGGAUGCCUGGAGAAGCACCUACAACCAUGCCAACGACGCCAUCGAGUCUCCAAGCCAGUGAAGGAAACUAUGUCAGCCUCUACUUGGACAUUGGUAUGCGAGAAGAGGACAUGGAGGAGGACAUUGUGUGCCUCAUGGCUAGCUUAUGCCUACAGCCGGUGAUGGUGAUCUGGUCAGAUGACCUUGCAAUUCCUAUCGCGACUGCAACCGCACAGGGUUUGCUGCCCCGACUGGCUGAGCUAGCAGCUGAAUUGCAGCGACUUCGCACGGCAUAUCAUGGGAUGCUUCGGAAGACCCUGCGGCUGGCAGUUGAUGAACAAGUCACGACACAACAGCUGCUCGACCGAGCACGAGUAGUUGAUGUGCGGGUGAGAAUUGCAAUUGAUCGUUUGGCAUAUGCGAGAAGGGUGUUCCAGGUAGGAGUGCUACCAGCCAGACCUAAGGGCGACCUUUCUGACAUGAUCGACUUGUGGCAGCGAGACGCACUCCCAUGGAAGAGUUUGCUGAAGCGAGGGCUGAACCGACAUCGAUUGCAGGAGGAGCUCAUGACAGAGGUGCACGCUGCCCACCAUAGCUCUCUCGCAAUUCUUCGCUCAGGGGGGGCGACCUUCUCACCGGAUGAGUCGCAGGUCUUUGGAGGAGACCGCAUCGAAAUUGCCCACCUGUGCCACUGUGGUCGUGCGUUUACAACGCCCCAAGGGCUAGCGCUUCAUCGCCGAGUUCGACACGGUGAACAUGCGCCGGAGUUCCCAUAUGUCAACGGUGCCACAUGUCCGGCAUGCUUAAAAUUCCUGUGGACGAGCAACAGACUAGCUAUGCACUUGGCGUAUGUGCCCAGAAAUGGAGGAGUGAACGCCUGCUUUGCCAAAUUGUCGAAGGCUGGCAUCACUUGUUCGCAUGAAGCACAGGCAGCACCGGCGGGAUUUGGACAAACCAUCCGGAUGGAUUGUAUCCAGGCGGCCGGGCCAUUACAGCCUUUGCGAGCACAACAUGAGAUUGCCUUGGAGAAAGUUUUGGAGGAGCUCUUCAAUACUGAGCAAGAACUGCAAUCUUACAGCAGACCUGACGAUGAGAUCGCUCUCGGCAUGAAGAUUGGCGAGACCCUGACGCAGGGAACACAAGCUUGGAUGAGGAAGUUUUGUGGCAAACAACUCGGUCCAGAACCUGAUCUCAUUGAUUGGUGGUUGAAUGUGCUCCACACAGCAGGUGAGGAGUAUGCCGAUUGGGCAGCUUUGGUUUUCCAGGAAUGGGGCACCCAUUUACUUCCUGAGCUGGUUGCGGAAGCGAUGGAUGGCGAGGUUGAGUAUGUCCUGGACGAGCUCUAUGCUGAGGCGGUGAACCUGCUACCGCGUGAAGCUUUGCUGGCACGGAGACGCCAGUUGCUACAGCUUCGGCAGAGAUAUGAGGAUGAGGCAGCGGCACCGGAGGUGCCACAUCGUGCAGUGAAGAAGGGCACUGCCAACGUCAAGGAGCGACUGAGCACAAAGCAACAGGUGCCAUCAACGUUCCUGGAUCAAGGGCAUUGGCACAUGACUUUCCGAGAGAUACAAUGGAGAGAUCUCCCGAGGGAAGCCUAUGUCCCUUAUAUCGUGGAGCAGAACGGCAAGCCAUGCUUCAUCAUUGCCCACCUCUUCUCUGGCAGGAGACGCAAGGAGGAUUUUCACUGGUGGUUGCAGCACUAUGCGACUGAGUAUGACAUCGACCUUUGCAUCUUGUCAUUGGACACUGCGAUCUCCCAGAGCUCUGGUGACCUUCACCGAUCAGCACCGUCUUGGCGCCGAUUGGAACAGUGUUACAGCUUGGGCCUCAUCGCGGCUUCCCUCCUUGGCACACCGUGCGAAACGUUUUCACAGGCCAGGUAUACACCUGCCCCUGCUGAUUGCCAGAGGAGAUGGCCGCGACCAUUGCGGUCUGCUGAAUUCUUGUUUGGGUUGCCAGGCCUUAGCAUCCGCGAGCUCUUGCAGACGCAGCUCGGCACGGGGUUUGCUUUACAGGGCUUGGAGGUGAUUUGCCACCAUCUCGCGCGAGGUGGACUUGUCGUGUCGGAGCACCCGGCUGCCCCAGCAGAUUUGGAACGCCCCACUAUUUGGAGGGCAGGUCUUACCGAGCUGCUCCUUCGUCAUCCCGACGUCAGGCUGCAGACGAUCUGCCAAUAUGAGUGGGGAGCACAUUCAGUGAAGCCAACUGGCCUUUUGGGGCUUCGUGUUCCUGGCCUGAUCGGAGCACUACGCACUGCGGUCAUCCCGCAUGUGAGGAAGCCGCAGCAAGCAGCAAUCGGUUGCGAUGAAGCUGGGGCAUUCCGUACGGCAUUGCUGAAGGAGUACCCACCGAGACUUUGCCAAGGCCUUGCCUGGGCAUUUAUCAAGCACCUCCGAGCGGCGCAACGUGGUGGGCGGACGCGCGCUGUGAGUAGGGAGGCCAUUUUGAUGGAGGCAGGUGAGAUUUUUGGCUGGAUGGUGGAAGUGGCUGAAGCAGGAAUGACCAUUAGGUCGGAUGCCAGCUUCCUUCCAGAUCAUCAGCCACGCACUACAGGAAUAUGA